AUGGGUGGUAAGGGUAAAAAGAAGAAUAAAGGAAAAAAAGCAGCAGCUGCAGGAGACGAAGAUGGAGGUGAGAAUGGAGAAACAAGUGGAUCUACGAAGAAAGGAAAAGGUAAAGGAAAGAAAGGAAAAGCUGGAAAAUCAUCCAAAUUUCAAGGUGACAUCUUCAGUGAAGCAGCAAUGGAGAACGCUUAUUAUAUUUGUCACAAUCUAAUGGAUGCCUUAAAAGCUCGCGGCUUCGCUUGGCCUGAAUCGCAAAAGAAGAAAAAGAAGGGAAAGAAAUAA